AUGACCAUAACAGGGGAGAAACUUUCUAAUAAUGCCACCUGCAUAGAACCAUUUAAAUUAAGAUUUUUGCAGAAGGUGAAAGAUUUAAAUUUUAACCCGUCACAGGUGUACAAUGCAGACGAAUCAGGUAUAACCAUACUAACAUGUGCUAACGCUGCGGGUACACAUACGCUGAAGAUGGUGGUCGUUGGAAAAUCUAAUAAACCACGUGCAUUCAAAAACAUUGAUUUACCUGUACACUAUUAUGGACAAAAAAGUGCGUGGAUGGCAAAAGAUCUUUUCAAAAAGUGGUUAUUGCUUCUUGAUAACGCCCCCGGUCAUCCGUCUGAAGAAGAACUGACAACUCAGGAUAAAUGCAUCACAGCGAUGUUUCUUCCGCCAAACUGCACUGCACUGAUUCAACACAUGGAUCAGCAUAUCAUUCAGUUUGUAAAGCAAGAUUAUAAGAAAAACCUACCUCUGAAAGCCGUAUCAAAAGCCCAGUCAAUAGAAAAAACUUUAAAAAAAAUUAACAUGAAAGACUUGGUUUUUGCUCUUUGGCAAUGGUGGAAUGCAUGA